CUACAACAAAAGGCUAUAGUUCCAGCUUUUUCCAGCUUUUAUCACCUAGCUACGUAUAAACCCGUGAUCUGUCUUAUGCCCCACAUCCAUCGAGCACAACAUGCCCAUUCAACUCGACGCCGCCUCUAUCGCCCGUCUCUCCCUACACGACCCCGCGCACUUCAGCAUCCAGCAUUCCCAAACAUGUCACCGCCUGGUGCUCCUGCAGCACUGGAACAUCCCUACUGACUCCAAGGCGCUGGAACUAGGAUGCGGGCAGGGAGACUGCACGACUGUCCUUGCCCAUGCUGUGGGCGAGCAGGGAAGAGUAGUAGCGGUCGAUCCGGCGGAAUUGGACUAUGGUGCUCCGUACACUCUUGGCCAAGCACAGAGUCACAUCUCGCAAGGUCCACUGGGCGAGCGAAUUACUUGGAUCCAACAAGCCCCCCUGGACUACCUUUCCUCCCUUUCCUUGCCCUCUUCCGCCUCCUGGCCGCCCGCCGGCGAAAGUAAGGCUUUCGACGCAACCGUUCUCGCCCACAGCCUAUGGUACUUCGCCUCCCUCUCGCUCAUUCUUUCGACCUUCCGUGCUCUCAAGCAGCACAGCAAGCGCCUCCUGCUUGCGGAGUGGUCGUUAGUCGCGACACACCCCUCAGCCCAGCCUCACGUAUUAGCUGCGCUCACCCAGGCGGCGCUGGAGUGUCGUAAGUCCAAGGGUAGUGUCUCGAACAUCCGCACGGUGCUGGGGCCAAAGCAGCUUACCGAACUGGCUCUGACUGCUGGGUGGCAGCUGGAGAGGGAGACCCGUAUGCAACCUGCGGAGGGAUUGUUGGACGGACAAUGGGAAGUCUCUGCUUGUCUUUCUUCCUCUUUCGAAAGGGUAGUCGAGGAGCAGGUGAGCGAUGAGAGAGAACGGGCAGUGGUUCUUGCGUUACGGGAUGCGUGUGAGGCGAGCUUGGAGGGUAUACAGGGCGGUCGGAAAGGAGUUAGGGCUAUGGAUGUUUGGGUUGCUAGUUUCGUCUGAUUGGGUGACCUGAGAGGUUUCCGGUCCUCUUCUUAGCCUGAUUUCUGACUCUUCUUACGCAAUGACCGAGCUCAAUAAGUCUAAGAAGCUUAAUGGCAAUACUCUUAAGACAAAGGGUAAGUACGGAUAUAUUGAACACGCGAGAGCCAAAAACACUUAAGAAGGCAACUCAACAAAGAUCUGCAUUCAUGAGAUACAGUUUUUACCCUAAUUUGAUUGUUUAUGAUUUAAUAUGAAC